AUGGAUUAAAACGAUAGAUAUGACAACGAGAUAAUACUAAAAUUGUUGACAGAUGCUAAUCAAUUUUUUGAAUAGAAUAGAGAUUACCCUCCUUAUUAAAUAGGAGAAUUUUUGGUAGAAUUUUGCAAACUAUUCAAACAAUUGGGCAAAUUGUUAUAUUUUGCAUUCUCAGAUGUCAUUGAAAAAGCCUAAAUUAUCAAGGAUAGAGGAAAUGAAUACAAUGAAUAAACUAAAGGAAUCUAUGGAGUAAUAUAAAUAGAGAAGUAAAAAGGAUUGAUGGAAUUAAAUGGAGAGAACAAUAAAGAGAUCUUAAAAAAUAAGACUUUAGCCAAUUACUAAUCCAUGGCAAGAACGAUGCUAAGAAUCAUAAGAUUUUUUAAUUACUUGAAGAUUAUGUUUAUAGAUGUUGAUACAAAUAGAAAUAAAAAGUUUUCAGAUAUCUGUUCAGAUGCAUACAAUGAAGCUUUGGCACCUUACCAUACAUUCAUGGUAAGAAAUGCUGCCAAAGCGGCUUGGUUGGCUGCUCCAAGUAGAACCAAAGUAUUUGAAACUUUUGUUGGACCCAAUCAAACUGAUGAAGCAGCUUAUGUAGCAAUCAAAAAAUUUGUCAAUGCUCUUGAACCAAUCAGACUCAACUUUUGGGAUUAUUAUAAUACAAACAAAUUAACAAAUCUGCCAUGA